CAGGGUGUGAACUGUUUCUUCAAGACAGAAUAUCCCGGAAGCAGAAGAAAUUGAGCCAAACGUCUGGCACAACCAGAGCAUUUGGAUACCGACCUUUGCAUCAUGUAUACAGCUCUGACCUUUGCAUUCUUCCUUCUGCUGGGUCUGAACUUCCCUAAAGCAAAAGGCACGUGUUACUUGACUCAACAGCACUGUGUGUGUUCCCUGUCAAAGUUGAAAACAUUCUUCACUUGCCUCCCAGCCACCACAUAUGAACUUCGAGGUGGAAACCUAUCUCAGUUUGCCGGCUUUUCUAGAACUGAACUGGAUGCAAAUGAAAUUGACAUUCUGGAGGCUUUGCUGGUAAGCAAGCUGAUAUUUACAGAUCUAAUUGUGCCAGAAUUUUUCUUGCCAUUAGCCUUGAAAGUUGUUUCCUACAUACCUCUGGUCUCUGAACUGGAGUUUGUAAACUGUACUUUCCUUAGAUCUGCUGACCAGGUUGGUAUAGAUGGGUUUGACCUAAAAGUUUCUUCUCUGCGCUUCCAUAAAGUGACAGCAGCUCCUUUGGACGACAGACUUGACAUAUCCAGCCUGCAAAACUGGCUGGAGACAUUAGAAAACCUGACAGUAACAGAGUCACAAGUCACAUCUAUCCCUUGCAAAAUUAGCACAGUGUUGAAAGCGCUGCACUUUUUAGAUCUUUCAGGAAACCAUUUCCAGGACCAGGCUCUGGAGACAUCAUUCUGCAAAGGUGCUUUCUCACAACUCCAGGUGCUAAAAUUGCAUGGGAACAACUUGAGCUCUUACGAGACGGUGUGCCAGACUCUUGCUCACCUCAACCAACUUACUCACUUGGACCUAAGUCAGAAUGACUUCCUGCCUGGAACACCCUUCUCUUCUUGCUCAUGGCCUCAGUCACUGCGUGUCUUCAAUAUGUCCAGCACAGGAUUAGAGCACAUGGACAUAGCUUUACCACCUAACACUGAAGUAUUAGAUCUGAGCAACAAUCGCAUUUUUAUCUUAGAUCUCUCCAUCCCUGGGCUGAAAGAGCUCUACUUGUCCAACAACAGGCUGCAGACCAUCCUCUCAAUCAAGAGCCUUCCAGGUUUGGAGGUCCUCAGUAUAGAUCAUAACCAGCUCUCACAACUCCCUGCCAAAGACCUGCAUUGGAAACACCUGAAGAGCUUAAGAGCUGGACUCAAUCCCUACAACUGCUCUUGCAAACAGACUAUCAGAGAGAUCCAGGACCUGGCCACCCACAAGGCCUUGCUGCCUGAUUGGCCUCAUGAUUAUAUAUGCAGGUCUCCCCCAGACUACCAGGACUACCUCUUGAAUGAGGUGCCUCUCUCAUCGCUGCAGUGCAACAAGGCGUCAGUGGUCAGACAGGGCUCAAUAGUCAUCUUGCUGACAUGCCUUCACCUGGUCCUUGGUUUGGUCUCACUGCCAACAUAUAGAAGCCGAUUUAUUGUCCUGUAAACAGGGCAGCAAAUAAUGCUUUAGGGUUAACAAACUUAA